CAUCAUUAUAAGAAAUACAUACUCCAGAUCAAACUUAUGGCGUAUUCGACUACUGAGCAACUCGCUUUCUCAUUCGGUUUGUUAGGUAACAUUGUGUCAUUCAUGGUGUUCUUGGCACCAAUGCCAACAUUUUACAGAAUUUACAAGAAGAAAUCAUCAGAAGGGUUCCAAUCCAUACCAUAUGUGGUUGCGCUUUUGAGUGCAAUGUUGUUGUUGUAUUAUGGUGUGAUCAAGACAAAUGCUAUCUUGAUCAUCAGCAUCAAUGCCUUUGGAAUCGUUAUCGAAGUUGCUUACCUCAUAUUCUAUCUCACAUAUGCUCCCAAGAAGCAGAGGAUUUUUACGCUGAACUUGAUUCUGCUGGUCAAUGUAGCGUUUGGGUUGACGUUGGCAGCCACUAUCUUCCUUCUAAGUGGAACCAAACGCGUCGCCGCAGUUGGAUGGAUCUGUGCUGUGUUUAACAUUGCUGUUUUUGCGGCUCCUUUAAGCAUUAUGAGGGAAGUAAUAAGAACCAAAAGUGUGGAAUUCAUGCCAUUUGGUUUGUCCUUAUUCCUCACACUUUGUGCUACCACUUGGUUCUUCUACGGACUUUUCACAAAGGAUUACUACAUUGCAUUACCAAACGUACUGGGAUUCCUAUUCGGCAUCGCACAAAUGAUCCUAUAUAUGGUAUACAGGAACUCAGGGAAAGAUCAUGAUGAGGUUGAAGCAAAAACACGAACUAAUGGUGAUGAUCUAGAGAUGAGGUAUAAGGUAAUAAGUAAAAGUAAAACUACCAACCAUAACAAACUGUAUCGCAGUGUCAGUACGUGAUCCUUACAAGGCAGUGGACUUCGUCCCGGGCUGCGUGCUAAUCAGACGUUGGAGUACAAGCUCGAUCGGCAACUGAAGAGUAAAUUAGUGAUAUGAAUAUUGAUUUAUAGUGUAUAAUUCAUAUUAUAGUUCCGCUAUUAGAUCAAAUUGGAUGAUUAAUAAUGUAAGUACCUGGUAGGGAGACUUUUAUGGUUUCCCCUAUUUCUUAUUCCUUGGUAUAGUGUCAGUUGUGCUAGCAAAAUAUUAUGUGAUGGACAUAUCAGAAAACUAUGAAGUAUUUAUUG